CCGGCUUCUGUAAUGGCGCUCGGCAUGACAGCCGGGUGCCCAGUGCGCAUGAGCGAGAAGCACUUGCGCUUUGUGAUUGGUCCGGCGGCUUCUGGGAUCUGUCAUGUGUCCCAGGUACCGCCUUACCAUUCACAAAAAGCACCGCUUCUUGCGCAUGCGCACUUGGCACCCGGCUGUCAUGCCCAGCGCCCACACUACAGAAGCCGAGAAGACAGUGCGCCGCUGGAUAGAGGAACAGGUAAGAUCAAAGAACAACUCCGCGGAAAUAAGAGCGUGUACCUGUCAAAUUCAGGUACCCGCUCCCCCCCCCCCCCCGCUCCCCAAAGGUCGGCAGUCAUCUACUGUACUGUC